GUAGAAAGUAGUACAAAUUUCUUUUUCCUGCCAUUGUGGUAUGGAGUGGUUGUAUGUCGAGUUAUGUGUGCUUAACGACUUGUAGCAUACAUAUGUAUUUACCGUAAUAUUUAAAUACUCAUCAGCAUUCAUACGGGUGUUUUCUGCUACGAAGAAUAGUAUGGGGCGAUCCGAACGAAGAAGGAUGUUACAGUUCUACUCAGAAGAACUAUUCAUAGAAUUGUAAAUAAAUAAAGACAGUUUUUACUGGACAAAAAACCUGAACUGAAAUGCUGAGUACUCAUUGGAAAAGAAAUUGGAUGAAUUGCUGCAGGCUUGAACAUGUUCAUCACCAGUCCCUCAAGUGCAUUGCACAGGAGACUGGGGUUUCAAAAUCACCAGCAUGAGCUGCUCUGAAGCUCAUGAAACUGAGGUGCCAGAAAUUGUGUGGAAGGACAGAGAGCAUUUCCAGCAACAGCUGUACUUAGGUGAUCGUGACAGGGACAGUUACAGAGACCGAGACAGGAGAAGAGACCGAAGUCGCAGCAGGGACCAUUACCGUGAUGAUCGCAGAGGUGGUGGCAGUGGCCGAAGUAUGAAAGGGCGACAACCAGGUGGUACUCUUAGGAAACCACAUUGGGAUUUGAGUCGCUUACAGCCAUUUUUAAAAGAUUUCUAUGUUCCACAUCCGGAUGUUGCCAACAAACCACAGCACGAAGUGGAGGAAUACAGGAGCUCGAAAGAAAUUACUCUCAAAGGACGCAGUAUUCCUAAUCCUGUUUGGACAUUUGAUGAAGCUGGUUUUCCAGAUUAUGUUAUGAAGGAGAUCAGGAAACUGGGAUUCAAGGAACCUACAGCUAUCCAAGCACAAGGUUGGCCAAUUGCACUCAGUGGUAGAGAUAUGGUUGGCAUUGCACAGACUGGUUCUGGAAAGACUUUGUCUUACACACUCCCAGCUAUUGUACACAUCAAUAACCAGUCUCACCUGGUUCGAGGAGAUGGCCCCAUUGCUUUGAUUCUUGCUCCAACACGUGAGUUGGCACAGCAGAUACAACAGGUUGCAAAUGACUUUGGUGCAUCAUCUCAAAUCAAAAACACAUGUGUUUUUGGAGGAGCUCCUAAAGGUCCACAGGCUCGGGAUUUGGAACGGGGUGUGGAAAUAGUCAUAGCAACACCAGGGAGACUCAUUGACUUCCUUGAGAGUGGUAAAACGAAUCUCAAGAGAUGCACAUACCUUGUUUUGGAUGAGGCAGACAGGAUGUUGGACAUGGGCUUUGAACCCCAGAUUCGGAAGAUUAUUGAACAAAUUCGGCCAGAUCGACAGACACUGAUGUGGUCUGCCACAUGGCCAAAAGAGGUACGCAACCUGGCGGAAGAGUUCCUGAAAGAUUACAUCCAGAUCAAUGUGGGGUCACUGCAACUUUCUGCAAAUCACAAUAUUCUUCAGAUCAUUGAUGUAUGUCAGGAAUAUGAGAAGGAACAAAAGCUUAGCACAUUGUUGAAAGAAAUAAUGGCAGAGAAAGAGAACAAGAGCAUUGUGUUUAUUGAGACAAAAAGGAGAGUGGAUGAAAUCACCCGAAAAAUGCGCAGGGAUGGGUGGCCAGCUGCCUGCAUCCACGGAGACAAAUCUCAGCCAGAAAGAGAUUGGGUUUUGCAAGAAUUUCGAUCAGGCAAGUCCCCAAUUCUUGUGGCAACAGAUGUUGCUGCACGUGGUCUAGAGGCACAUGCGAGAUAAUGCAAAAGGUGGUUUGCAUUGUCGUUCAGGCUGUGCCUCUCUGCGAAUGGUUGGUUACUCUCCGGUAGGCCGGUGAGAGUUAGCCACAUGUGUCGGGAUUUCGGGUGCGGUGACGGUGGGGGCCCGACUGGACCUAACCGCUUGCCCACCCGGGGGCCCGUCUGUCGGCUGUUCUCCGCCGUGUCUCGGGCCCACCGGGUCAGUAGCGUGCUCCGCCUGUGUGCUGGGCGAUUGGCACGCAUAUGAAGGCUGUGUGGAACGUGUUGGGGAUGGCCAGGUGCAUGCUCUGAACGUGAGUUGCGGCAUCCGUUUGGAAUUUAGAUGGAUAGGAGGGAAAUUCCUCGUAGGGCAAUUGGGAAAUUUGCAAGGUUUGCGUGGAGUGUGCACCUGAGACCUGCCUCACUGACUGUUCCUAGAUGUGUUAGUCAGGUAAUGCCAACUGUUGUUAGGACUGUACUUAACUUGACAUUUUCUAUUACAGGGCUUUAAGUUUCAUGCUGACGUUUUUAUUUAGUGAAAUACAAUUUGAGUUUUUCAUUAAUGUUGACAAUUAAAUUUUUAGUUUUGUAGGUAGUCUUUAAACUGAUUAUUUUAUUAAUAACCUUGUGAAAUUAAAUUUUAUGUUCUUAGUGUGUACUCUUUUCUUUUAAUUUGAG